ACAUCUUUGGUCAGCUCUAAUACAUAUUGAUAGAGCACAAUAAAGCCCUGCAGCCUCUUCUGGGUCCCUCUCACAGUGAGUAAUUACUAGAACAGCUUUGUAGAGUUCAAUCUACACAGUUUCAGGAUGUUGCUUGACCUCAGAAUGUCUUCCUUGGAUCAGAUGAAGCUGAUGGGCCUUAUUGAUCUUACUCUCAUAUUGAUCCUGGUGUCUUAUUCAAAAGGUCAAAGCUGGAAUAUUAGUGUCCCCAGAUAUAUCCCUACAACCUUGGGUUCAAACGUGACCAUAGGAUGCACGUUUACUGUUCCGCCGAAAAGCCGCACUGAAAGUGUUCAGGUUUACUGGAAGAAGCCCGAGAGAAGCAAAUUUAAUACCUUUGACAAGGACCCAAAUGCGUAUGUUUUUCACCCAAAUGACACAUUUGUGCUGGAGAAGUACAGAGGAAAGACAAAGCUCAUUGGAAAUAAGAGCAAAGGAGACUGCUCACUCACGAUCUAUAACAUCAAGGAUAAUGUACCAAACAUCUAUGUGAGAGUUAUUGCAAAGGGGGACAACUAUAGUUUUAAAGCUAAUUUUGUCUCCAUUUCUGUGUCUGGUGUUCCAACAAUCAAAAUGCCAGAUAUCCAUCAAACAAUUCCCACUUUGCAAACAUCAACAAUUUUCUCCCAGGAUACAAUACCACAAAGGCAUAUGGCCAUCUAUGGACCAAUUGUUGCAAUUGUGAUCUUUAUUGUUGUCGUUGGAAUAGUCUUUGGCAUUAAACACAAAAGGUCAAAAUCUUUAACCAGGGAAGAUUCUGUAUAUUAUGCAAAUUUUAGCCGAGAAAACAAAUUGAAAAGAGAAGUAUCUUGCAAAAAACAAGAGAACAUAACACUUUCCAAAGAGAAGGACAUUGAUGAUCCUGUCUACAUCAACAUUGAGGCCCCUCCAAGUCAGAUGGGUCAAAACACGAAUCACACAGAAAAUGUAUAUGGAAAUGUGGAUUAUUCAAAAGAGUAGAAGAGCUGCUUCUCACAAAUCCAUUUGGAACGUCAUUUUAAAUGGUAUUUCUGUAUCCUGCAUGUGUGAACAUUGUUUUUGUUAUCACGAGUAAGAAAGGACUCACAGCAUCCAAAGCAUUUUAUGAGAUAAAGACUACAUGCCAUUAAUAAAAACGAAUAACAACCACAAUGAGCUCACCUCAAGAGAUGAAAAAUGGCCACUAUGUACGACUGUUUGUCUCUUUCAGUCUGGGUGUCAUGUACGUAGAUGGGAGACCUUAUACGUGUCUGUUUCCACGGGCCAAUUUCUCAGUGACAAAUAGACGCUAUUUAUUCCUAUAAUUACUUAUUAGAAUAUUCAAGUUUUUAAAAUUGUUUUAUCUUUUGUUUAUUAAAGUGAAUACAUAACCAUUGAUAAUGUUUAUUAUUGCUCAGAACCUGGGCUUCAAAUGUGUCCCCUUGCCCAGUGUGACCUGCUUGAUAUUCACAUUGUAAUGCUGGGCUCUUUCCCUUUCAUAACCAAGUGUGAAACAGCAGAAGAUAUCAAGUAUUUCAUUUGCAACACCUUAUGACUGUAGGUCUGUGUUCUGUGGAAUAUUUUUCAUGUAAUCUGCUAUAUUCAACUGCACAGCUACAACUUCACUUGACACAUUUUGGGUUCAGUGAAAUGAUAUGUUGCAUUUCUUUCUCGUCUUUCUCAAUAUGUUUGCCAAUUCAUGUCCUGUGUCAUCACGGCAGGAGCUGAAACUUCUGUUUUCUGAUUCAAUCUCCUAUUUAGAAAUGAAGUUAUUAUGUGUAAUGCCAUUUCAUUUCGAAAUUUAAUAUAGAAUAAGAACUGUAACAAACAAUAAAAGGUUAAACGUG